CCUUCCUUUGCGACCAACCAAUGGUCGCUGCUACUCUGGGACAUUCACACCCAUGCAUGCUGGACAUGUGCUUCUCUCCAUCUUACUCGUCCUCCUUGCUCUCUCCAUCGUCACCCUUGUGGCGCACAUGCCAUUGCCACAAUCGUUCUUCGCAUCUCGACCACCACACUUGAUUAAAAACACGGGUAUUGAUCUCACCGGUGCCGGUGAUUGUGUUUACUCCAAUGGUAGAUGGGUGAGAGAUGCCGCCGCCAUGACAGCUUACCGAGAGGACUGUCCAUUUGUUGACCCUGGCUUUCAGUGCAUCACCAACGGCCGGAGCAACUCUUCUUUUCGCUACUGGCGAUGGCAACCUGAUCGCUGCCAACUCCCUAGGUUCAAUGCAACUGAGAUGCUGGAGAGGAGCCGGAACGGGAGAAUCGUGUACGCCGGCGACUCGAUCGGCCGGAAUCAGUGGGAGUCCAUGGUGUGCAUGCUCGCCGCCGCCGUGCCGGCCGGGAAGUCGAGAAUAUAUGAGAAGUCCGGGAAACCCCUUAGCAAGCACAAGGGUUACCUCUCCAUGGUCUUCGCAGACUACAACCUCUCCGUCGAAUACUACCGUGCCCCUAUGCUUGUCAUGAUCGACCGCCUCCCGGCGGGCAGCGGAGCCAUCAAGGGGGCGGUCCGGCUGGACGUGCUGCCCCGGCACGCCGACCGCUGGGCCGGCGCUGACGUGCUCGUGUUCAACACGGGGCAUUGGUGGAACGAGCACAAGACUACCAAAUCGGGAAAUUAUUUCAUGACUGGCACUCGGCUGAACAUGACCAUGGAUAUCAAGGAAGCAUUCCGAUUGGCGCUUGGGACAGUGACAGAUUGGGGGACAACUAAUGCACGGCUUCCUAACAGCUAUCUUUUCUUCAGGAGUUAUUCUCCUUCUCAUUACAGAUUCUGUACAGAGGUCACUUUACAUUAGUACUAAAAGUAAUUAAGGUUAAAAAUAGCAGCAAUGGCACGUGGAACACAAAUGGCUCGUGUGCUGACCAGCGAGAUCCAGUGACCAUCAUCGACCAAUUCAACGAGGAGUACCCGUGGAUCAACGCCAUGAUUUCGAAUGCCGUCGAUGGCAUGAGAAGGCAGCGAGGAAUGAGAGCCCAGUUCUUGAACAUAACAUACAUGACCGAACUGAGGAGGGAUGGCCACCCAUCCCGGCACCGGGAACCUGGUACGCCGUUGGACGCGCCGGAGGACUGCAGCCAUUGGUGUCUGCCGGGCGUGCCCGACACAUGGAAUGAGAUCUUGUAUGCACAACUCAUGUCAAUGGGAUAUGAUACGAGGACAAAAUAGAGGAGGUCAACUUCUAAACUUUAAUUCUAGAAGUAGCUACGGUAUGAUCAUUUGUAAGACAAUACAAAGUUUACAGGCUCUGCGCUAGCUAGCUGUAGGUGUAGAAAGGUUGAUCGUUUGAAGCUAAGACAUACUACCUCCGUCCCUAAAUGUUUGACGCUGUUAAUUUUUUUACACAUGUUUGA